AUGGCGUUGUCGAUGUCUCUGUCCUACGCCGCGGGUGGCGGAGUGUGCCUGCCAUCGGGGGAGUCGCAGCCGUGUCGGCGGGGCAGGGUGCAGAUCCUUCCGCCGCUCCGGCGUGGGUAUCGGGGAAGCUUUGCGGUGCGGGGGGAAUCUGGGUUUGGUGGGUUGGGCGGUGAUGGCGGAAAUGUGGAGCCGGAUCUCAGUGUCAGGGUCAACGGGCUCCAGAUGCCGAACCCCUUCGUAAUUGGCUCGGGGCCUCCGGGGACCAAUUACACCGUCAUGAAGCGGGCCUUCGACGAGGGCUGGGGUGCCGUCAUCUCUAAGACUGUACUGGCUCUUCUUCUUUUCUCCUUUCUUUCGUGUCGUUGCCGCCAAUUUCCAGGGGAUGAACACAGAGCAUGAUGUUUCUUAUUCUGUCGAGCACAUACUUUUUCAGUAGGAUUUUAUGAGAUCCAUCAUCUAAUCGAGAAAGAAAAAUAAAUGCUAGAGACAAUUCUGCGUGUGGAGGGGUAAUUGUUAUCUACGAUAUGCCGCUGCUCCAUUUUUCGCAUGGCUGCGGCUGAUAAAUAAGGUCUUAUCCUCCUUAAAAAAUCAACUGAUCAAAUUCUUCUUAGCUAUUAUGGUUUUUUUCCUAUUUUUUAUUUUCCUUUUAGAUGUACUACCUUACUCAUUUCUCUGACAUAUCUACUUCCGAUAUGGACUAGUGACUGAACCUUCUUUGCAGAUUGUAAUACUUAUUUAUUUAGCGAGGUGCAUAAACAAUUGAAACUUCAGGAGACACUGUUGUGUGUCGGCUGCCCUGAUGAUUGAGGGGAUGAUCCAUAACUUCGUGCAAUCCUACUUGUAUUCAUGCUCUUUGUAUGGUAAUUGGUUGCUUCGUUCAACCACUGGGUGUAAGGAAGUCAAGGCUAUGCUUCUUAGUUCAGAGGAUGUCCCUGAGCAUGGAUAUCAUCACAUUGAAGUACGGGAAAAAUUGGUUUUGGGCAAAAGAACAGAUACUACUCCCCGCAUCAUAUUUGAACGAGUCAUAUGUAUUGUAGACUACCGAAUGUGCGUGCCACACCGGUUGAAACCAUAUGCCUGAAGAUUUUUAACCUUCUUCGAUUCUAUAACAGCUUCAGUUAUGGUAGAGGUAACAAAUAAAAAGUAUUAUUACUUUUCUCGGAGCCAACCUGCAAGUGGGUGUGGUAUAUGAUAUAAAACACGUCGAAAACGAAAGGGAAAAGUUUUGCUGACCACACUAGGAGACAGUUGUUUAGGGUUGGAAGGCCUCAUGAUUAGGACUAUGGUUCACGUGGCUUGUCUUUUUUCUUUUCAAUUCACAUUAAGGGGAAUUUUUUAUAUUAUGUUCACAGUUCUUUGAUGGUUUCAAAGUAAGCAUUUUUUUUCUGCGCUUGCUGGCUGCAUAUUUUCUAGUUUCAUGGAUAGCGUUUUAUUUAUUUUCUUAAAAAGUAGUAUUCUUUUCAUUUCGACAAAAGCUUAUUUAUUAAUUAUUAGAUAUUUUAAGUUUUUUCGCAAAAUUUCAUGGUCCUUUUGGUUCCUAGUCACUGUUGCUGGUCUAAAAAUUGUAUGACAUGGCGGAUUUUAUACUCUUUAAACUUUCUUUUUAAUCAAUUAUGCUAGGUAUCUCUAGAAGCCUCAAAGGUUGUGAAUGUAACUCCAAGAUAUGCUCGGCUUCGAGUGGGUUCAAAUGGAACUAAAGGGGAAAUUAUUGGAUGGGAGAAUAUUGAGCUCAUCAGUGACCGACCACUUGAGACCAUGUUGAGUGAGUUUAAGCGAUUGAAAGAAGAGUACCCGGACAGAAUACUUAUUGCAUCAAUCAUGGAAGAGUACAAUAAAUCUGCUUGGCAGGAACUUAUUGAGAGGGUUGAGGAAACAGGAGUAGUAAGAUGCUGUUCUCUUCUUCUUAUAAUCUUGACGUUACAUACAAUCAUGUCAUCGUUUAUUUAAUUUAAUAAAAUUUAAUUAUUUUAUUUUCUUUCAGGAUGCUCUCGAGAUAAAUUUUUCCUGUCCUCAUGGCAUGCCAGAACGUAGGAUGGGUGCUGCAGUCGGCCAGGAUUGUGCGUUGUUGGAGGAGGUAUGCGGGUGGAUAAAUGAGAAGGCCACCGUCCCAGUAUGGGCUAAGAUGACUCCUAAUGUUACUGACAUUACACAGGUAUGCAUCAUUGAACACGUGUAUGCCCUUGAACGAGUCCAUGGGAGAAUGCUCACUGAUGAUGAAACUUUUAUGUACAAAUGAAAGGAGUACAUAACUGUAUUAGAGAUAUCCGUGUGAUGCUCUUAUACAACCUUUGAUAGUUAUGAAGCUACUCCUAUUUGUAUUUUCGAGUAAAAAAGCUCUACCGAGCAACUAGCAAGUUUCAGUGCUUUUUUCCUAUCCCAAUGUUAUCUGAAAUUGUUCCUCGUUAUCUGAAAUUUUUCGUGAUUUCCUUAAUUCUCCAUUUUUUAUUCAAAUUUCAAGAUUUUAAUUUAUAUUUUAUGACACUAGUUUCUUGUGAAAAAGACAGAUUGUCAAAAUUCAAGUGUAAAGCCCAUUCGUUAGAACUUGAUUCCGGAUGGUUUUGAAUUCCGAGUUCAGUAGGAUGCUUUCAUCCAACUUUAUAUCAACUCAAACAGACUCCAACCACUUGGUCUUUGUUGAAUUUUUGAAGAAAUCUAGCUUGAGUCUUCUCUCCAAUUUUUGAUAUUCGUUUUAUUUGGAUGUUUGUGGAUCAGCGAGAUUAUUCAGUUGAUCUUUAUAAUGAGAUGGUCCUCUCGGAAUCAGUAAUAUCAAACCUGAUCAUGUAAUGGAUGAUUAUCUACAUGACGUUUUCUUUUCCUUCUGAUGGAACAUUUGGGCUGUUUUCAUAUUUGACUGAGAUUUCGGCGAAAAAAAAAAACUCCCUGAAUUGAGAUGAAUUGCGAUGAGAUACGUGAGUCCUGAUAAGACAAUACGACCCACAAAAAUGGAUUAGCUAGGCCCAAGCUUCUGAAGCUUGGGAGAGAACAAGGGGGAGAGUAUGUAUUUUUUCAUACUUUUUCAACCAUUUGAACACAAGAACAUGGUUUCCUGACGGGUCUUUGGACUGAAUUUUUUUUAUGCAUCUUGACCAUCCAGCUCCAAACUGUGCCAUCAAGUAAUUGAGUUUAAUUUAUGCUUAAUUAUUUGGUACUUUUUAUCUUUUAGCCGGCCAGAGUUGCUUUGAAGACUGGAUGUGAGGGAGUUGCCGCUAUUAACACGAUAAUGAGUGUCAUGGGGAUCAAUCUCGAAACUUUACGCCCAGAACCUUGUGUUGAAGGGUUAGAAUUCUUCAUCGGCACCGCAACAUUUUGAUUCUUUUUGUCGCUCAUAUAUAUCUCGAUGGAGUAUAUAAUCUGACUGAAAGCAGGUACUCUACUCCUGGAGGCUACUCUUCGAAGGCGGUCCAUCCAAUUGCCCUUGGAAAGGUUAUGCAAAUAGCGAAAAUGAUGCAGUCGGAGUUUGGCGACAAGGGCUACUCCCUUUCUGGUAUUGGAGGGGUUGAGACAGGCAGUGACGCUGUUGAAUUCCUGCUUCUUGGAGCGAACACUGUUCAGGUUGGCACUUCCCCUCUAUAUUCCAGUGCAUAGAUCUUGGGGAGUAAAAAUUAUGAUGGAUCGAUCUCCAAAAAUUAUUAGGCGUUUCUUUUUCAAUAACUUCGUGUAUAUGCCCACGUCUGCUUGAUUAUUAUGGAUUAUAAUCUCUUCGAAACUAUCAGGUGUUUCUUGCCGUGAAAUUUAUGCAUUAAAAUAUAUAUUUAUUAGAGAUAAACAUGCACACAUACAUACAUACUCCACAGGUUUCAUUUUUUUUUAAGAAUAUCGAGGAAAUUGAAGUGUAUUCAGUGCUUUUGUAAUUCACGCAUCCUGCUUUGUGGACCUGUGGAUUCCUGAAGCCCUGUUUUCUUUGCCUAAAGUCAACUACAUUAGACCCUGACGUUUCGAUGCAUUCAUGAGCUCUCAGCUGCAUCCAUUCUAAAGUGCGAUGCCCGCAUGAGAAAUAUUAUUAUUUUUGAGCAAUAUUAUAAAAAUAUAACCCAUCAAUACGUGUGUAUUUUUCCAUUACGACAACAAGAUCAUAUACGUUCUUCCUCUGCUUUCUUUCGUUGAUCGUCUCCCCCAGGUGUGCACCGGCGUGAUGAUGCACGGGUAUGGCCUUGUGAGGAAGCUCCGCGACGAGCUGAAGGAUUUCAUGAGAAAGCACAACUUCUCCUCAAUCGAAGAUUUCAGAGGGUGAGUGAGAUCUUCGAUCCUGCUGCUUCCCUGAUCAGUAAUCUGCAACCCAUCGUCAACGUUUUGUCUCCCAUUUCGUUCCCACAGUGCUUCCCUUCCUUACUUCACGACCCACACCGACCUGGUGCGGCGGCAGAGGGAGGCCAUUGAACAGAGGAAGGCGAUCAAGAAGGGGUUGCAGUCGGACAAGGAGUGGACUGGCGACGGCUUCGUGAAGGAGACGGAGAGCAUGGUUUCGAACUGA